UCCCUAUCGCUUCCUCCUCUUCGAGUCUCAGAGACUCUCGCUUCUUUCUGCUUCUCUCAGUCGAUCGAUCCCUAGAAACUCCUCUUCUUCGAGUUUCAGAGACUCUUGCCUCUCUCACCGCUCCUCUUUGAAGCCACAAGCAUCCCAGGAAGAAGAGAAUGUCAUCUUCAGAUGAUGAGGUUGAAGCUCUGCCACAUACUGUAUCAAACUACCACUUUGUGGAUGAAAAGGAUGAGCCCAUUGCUUUUUCGCAGUUGCCAGUUCAGUGGAUUGAGAAUGAGAGCCUCGAUGGCAUGAAUAAACAAAUAUUUUUGCAUGGAACUGCUGAUAAUGGGCUUCAGAAAAUAUAUAAGCAGGUCACAGCAUGGAAGUUCGAUCUAUCAAAUGCAGAACCAGAGAUAUCAGUGCUAUCAAAGGAAAAUAGUUGGAUGAAGCUUCACAAGCCAAGGAAGAGUUUUGAAGAUGUAAUAAGGACGAUCUUGAUCACUGUGCACUGCUUACACUUUGUGAAAAAGGAUCCAGAAUCAUCUGGGAAAGCUUUGUGGGAUCGUUUGUCUAAAGUAUUCAGCUUGUACGAGAUUAAGCCUUCACAGAAUGAUCUCGUGGAUCACAUGGAUUUAAUAAGUGAAGCUGUUAAAAGGGAUGAAACAUUAGGGAAAUCCAAGUUUUUAGUUACAUUUCUGGAGGAGAAGCCUAAGAAGAGUAAAGCUUUUGAAGAGGAUGCUGUAACCACAGUUAAGUCUGAAUUUAUAGUUGAUGAUGAUAUGAUUGACGAACCCGACGAAGAUGGGUCUGAUGACGAUGAUGCGGGAGACCUGUUUGAUUCUGUCUGUUCAAUUUGUGAUAAUGGUGGUGAACUUUUGUGCUGUGAAGGGAGGUGCAUGAGGUCGUUUCAUGCAACUAAAGAAGCCGGUUCUGAUUCAAUGUGUGAAUCCCUUGGCCUUUCUGAUGAGCAAGUGGAAGCAAUUCAGAAUUUUUUUUGUAAGAAUUGCCAACAUAAACAACACCAGUGCUAUUCUUGUGGGUAUUUGGGUUCUUCUGAUAAAUUGUCUGGUGCUGAGGUCUUUCCUUGUGUUUCUGCAACCUGUGGUCGUUUUUACCAUCCAAGUUGUGUAGCAAAACUGCUCCAUCGUGAGAGUGUAGCUGAGGCCGAAAAGCUUCAAAGAAAAAUUGCCUCUGGGGAAACUUUCACAUGCCCUGUCCAUAAAUGUUGUGUCUGUAAACAGGGAGAAAAUAAGAUGGAUCCUGACUUGCAGUUUGCCAUUUGUAGACGGUGUCCAAAGUCGUAUCACAGGAAAUGUUUACCCAGAAUGAUUUCCUUUGAAGAUGUAGAGGAAGAGGGCAUCGUACAAAGGGCUUGGGAAGGGCUUAUGCCCAAUCGUAUAUUGAUAUAUUGCUUAAAACAUGAGAUUGAUGAUGAACUGGCAACCCCUGUAAGAAACCACAUAAAAUUCCCUUUUGAUGAUCGACAAAAAAAAAAGCAAGUGUCAGAAUUGCCAUCUAGCAGAGAGCAAGUUGCGCCAAAGAGGAGAAGUCUGGCCUUAGACGAUACUUUUGGGAAGAGAACUGUUGUGAAACCGCCAAAGUUAUCUUCAGCUUUAAAGCAGGGUGAUUCUUUGAAAAAGAAUGACGGAAGAUUGUCUGGAUCCAGUUCCUCAAAGAAACUUAAAGUAAUGGAUACUUCCAGAAAGACUUUGACCAAGACUUCUUCUUUUAAAGUCAAUAAGUCCAACACUGAUGAAAGCAAGACCUCUUUAGGGGACAGGCUAUAUGCCCUGAUGAAUAAGGAUUCCGAUCCAGACAAAACGAGGAAGGAGGACAUAACUAGUAGUGAACAUGAGGAAACUCAGUCUGUUGAACCUCCUGCAACGGAAGCGAGAAGUUUGCCACCUUUAGAUGCUGAUGCGAAGAGGAGAAUAUUGGCUUUAAUGAAAGAUGCUGCAUCUUCAAUAACGCUGGAACAGGUCAUUAAAAAGCACAAAGUGCCGAUCACACAUGCAUACUCAUCCAGAAGUGCUGUAGACAAGACAAUUACCUUGGGAAAGGUGGAGGGUUCUGUUGAGGCUCUUCGCACAGCUUUACAGAAGCUAGAAGAAGGGUGCAGUAUUGAAGAUGCAAAAGCUGUGUGUGAGCCUGGGCUUCUCAACCAGAUAAUGAGGUGGAAGAACAAGCUAAAAGUGUAUCUGGCACCAUUUCUAUAUGGGAUGCGCUACACAUCUUUUGGUCGCCAUUUCACAAAAGUGGACAAGCUGAAAGAGAUUGUUGAUAAGCUCCAUUGGUAUGUUCAAGAAGGUGAUAUGAUUGUUGAUUUUUGCUGUGGUUCUAACGACUUCAGUUGCCUUAUGAAAGAAAAACUUGAUGAGAUGGGGAAGAAUUGCACAUACAAAAACUAUGAUGUUUUACAAGCAAAGAGUGAUUUUAACUUUGAGAAGAGGGACUGGAUGAGUGUCCGUCAAAAGGAGUUACCAGCGGGGUCACAAUUGAUCAUGGGGCUAAACCCUCCUUUUGGAGUAAAUGCUGCCCUUGCAAACAAGUUUAUUAACAAAGCACUUGAGUUUAAGCCAAAGCUUCUUAUCCUUAUAGUUCCACGGGAGACAGAAAGAUUAGAUAAGAAGGAAUCUCCAUAUGAUCUGGUGUGGGAGGAUGAUGAGUUGCUUGUGGGAAAGUCUUUUUAUCUGCCUGGAUCUGUUGAUGUGUAUGACAAACAAUUGGAGGAUUGGAAUGUGAAUGCACCACCUCUUUAUCUUUGGAGUCGCCCAGAUUGGACUGCCAAACAUAAGGCGAUUGCUCAACAGUGUGGCCACUUAUCCAAGUUACGAGAAAAGCUAUCUCUGGAGGAAAAUGGUUUUGAAACACGUGUGUCUGAUCUGACAGUGGAGGGUCAUGAUCUUAAUGGUGGGACUCCCAUGCUGGUGGAUGAUCAUCAUGUCCCAGAUGAACAAGCACACCUCCAAGAAAGAGGUGCUAGUUUGACUGAAAGUCCUAAUGAUGGCUUCCGUCACGGGAACAGUGGCAUGGAAGGCCACGAGAAUCAUGGCCAUGGGCAGAAUUUAUCAACCAAAAAUUCAAAGAAGAGACAUCGUGGUGAAAGAAAGCGAGAAAGAGGAUCAGGCAAGAUGUCACAGGAUGACCAGAAUGGCCAACGUUCUCAGCCUCGACAUUCUCCACCCAGUAUAGCUGGUGACAAAUCAUUGGACAGUCAGUCAUCUAAACUUCUUGAGAUUCUUUCACAUAAAGAUGCUGGGGAACAAAGUUAUGGGCAUUUUGAGCGCAAGAGCAUUUCUGGAUCACAUUCACAAUUUCGGAUGGGAUAUGGGAAUUCUGAUGAAGACAUGGCAAGGAGUUAUGGCUUCAACAGUGAGGAGCCUUACUCAACUUUGACUCAAAGAUUGUCAUAUGGUGCUUCUCCUGGCCCUGAUUACGGGAUUAGGAAAUCAGAGGAACAAUUGAAAGAUCACCAGAGAGCGAGCACAGAUAGCCUUGGUUAUAGGUCAUACUUUACCGAGAUGGAGGAGAAGUAUGGAAGGGAGUCAGAUAUAAGAUCACAGGUUAGGCUUUAUGGGCAACAAGAUCUUGAUUUGUUGAAUGGAAGGGAGUCAGAUAUAAGGUCACAUGUUAGGCUUUAUGGGCAACAGGAUCCUGAUUUUUCGAGUCAAAGAGACAGCUAUAUAGCAGCAGGUCAUAAUCCUGUUUUUUCAUCUUCGUAUGGGCAUAUUGGUUUAGCAGGAGACCCAUCUUACAGCAGGGCACACACAUCCACAAUGCAGCGUUAUGCACCCCGGCUGGAUGAGUUAAACCCUGCAAGGGUAAAUAGUUUGGGGUCUCAGCCACCUUUGCUGAGUAGAAGUGGCAUGUAUGAUCCACCACCUCCUCGGCCUGGAUUUCGAGCUGAUUCAUUAGGCUUUGCUCCUGGUCCUUAUCUUCCCUUCUCACAACAAAACUCAUCUGGCUGGCUUAAUGAGUAGAUGGUUCGACAGCUCCUUCGCCAUGCAUUAUUGAUUGUUCAGCGUGGCGUGGGUGGUGGAAAGUUCCUCAUUUUAUGGUGCUGCUAUUACAUCUGGGGUCUGGUCUGAUAGUAAUGUAACUGUCUUUUGAGCUGACUUCAAAUAUUAAUGUGAUAUAACAGCACACACUUUGGCAGUUGAUGUAUGUGCUUUGAUCUACUCUUUCCAUUUGAUUGUUUUCAGCUUUCCAUUUGUCCAAUUUUACCUCAAUAAACAAGGGUGGUUUCACCGAUGAAAUUGUAGUUGGUUCGAUUUCGUUUUACGAUC